AUGUCUGGCGAAGCAGAACCUCGACGAUCGGUACGCGCUACAAAAGGCCAACACACCAAAUCAUUCGACGAACUUGAGCCUGCGACUGUGCCCAAGAAGCGACAAACCAAGAAAACUAAGAAAGCAAAAGAGCAGGAGCAAGAACAGGAGGAGGAGCAAGAACAGGAACAACAGCAGGACCAAGAAGACGAAGAGGAGGAUGAGUUGAUCCGCUGUGUCUGCGGUGCCACAGAACAAGACGAAGACUCCGGCGAAGCCUGGAUAGCCUGCGAGACCUGCGGCGCAUGGCAACAUAAUGUGUGCGUGGGGGUGAGCUCAUUCGACGACGAGAUCCCUGAACAUUAUUGGUGUGAACAAUGCAGACCAGAUGACCACAAGGAGCUGCUCGAUGGUAUAGCCAAAGGAGAGAAGCCCUGGGAAGCCCGGCGCAAAGCACACGAGGAGGAGUCCAAGAAGAAAAAGCGCGGUGGACGUAAAGGAAAGGGCAAGCGGCACAGUGAGACUAAGGAAGAAGACAAGUCCAAGGUUAAGUCGUCUCCUGCACCAGACACAUCGAAAGAUAAGAAAGAUGCAAAGGCUGGGAAGAGAAAGAACCGGGAGGAUUCUCAGGAUGCUGAUGGCAAGUCAGCUAAGAUUCGUCGUGUAUCAGAAAACGGAAUUGUACCGGUUCCCGUUUCGUAUACACCACCGGAUGAUCUCGCCACCACCAUCGCAGACUUACCGGGCUCUAGGACAGGACCUGCUAAAGCGCUGAGCAAAUCUAUAAUUCAUGUCCUGUCGUCGAUGCUGAAACAUGGCGAUCUUCAGUUCGAGGAAGAGGACACAGUCGAGUCCCUGUCAGAGACUUUCGCUCUUCAGGUUGAGCGUAGCGUAUAUGAUGCGUACCCCGUACCCAAGGGGCAGAAAGAGUACAACCAGCAAAUCAAAUCCUUGAGCUUCAACUUGAAGAACAACCCGGAGCUAUGCCAAGGACUUAUUUACAAAACUUUGUCUCCCACGAUUUUGGCAACCAUGACUUCAGAACAGCUUGCCUCAUCAGAAAUGCAGAAGCAGACCGCGGAAAUGAAGGCCAAGGCUGAGAAACAAUCGAUUCUCUAUACCUCCGAAACAGGACCCCGUGUCCGAAGAACUCACAAGGGUGAGGAAGUUGUUGAUGACGAAACGUUCGUCAAUGACUCUGCUGUCCCUCUUCCGCCAGGGCCUCGUCGCCCAGACCCUCAGCAUGUUAAGAAGGAGCCUGCAACAGGUGACCAACCUGACCUGGCCUCGCAUCCACAGCAAAGCGAUGAUAAGCAACGAUCACCAAGCCAAGCCGAAUUUGAUAUCGCCAAGGUUUUCUCGAGCGUCAAAUCUCCAACUGUGUCUCAGAACCGCAGGCCUUCGGCUCUGGUUACUGGAGCCAACGGUCCUGGUGUAGAUCCUGAUGUGGAUCGCAUGCUUCAAGACGAGAACGAGUCUCCCCCUUACUCACCUACAGAGGAGACCCAGGACCCUGACGUUGUGUGGCGUGGCUCGCUUGCUAUGAGCUCGAUUGCUGAUUUCCAAGCAACAGCCAAGUAUAUCGGUGGCGCAAACUUUGCUUCAGUUGGGCCAUGGUCAAAUUUGAUCCCUAAGAGGUUGACUGUGGCUGGCCGAAUUACCGAGCAGGCUGCCAUUGAGUAUCUCUGUGGCCUUCGCUACAGCAAAUCAACCGACAUCAUCGUUGUGUCCCUCACACCGGUGUCUCCAGUUGCGCAUGCUGAAUUCCUUGCUCUUAUGAAGUAUUUCACCGAUAAGAAGCGUUAUGGCGUCAUAGGAGACAAAACUAUAGCCAACGUUCGGGACACUUACCUGGUGCCAGUUCCGCCAGGAGAGGACAACUAUCCUGAGUUUAUGCUCAACUUAGUUGACAACAAGAUUCCGCGGGUGCGUGAGGAGCCUAUGUUGCUUGCCGUGUUUGUCUAUCACACCGAACCCGAGCAACUUAAACAGCUCAGAGAUGGAGUCACUGCCCAGCAAGAUGCCAGCGGCGUAGGGUCACCAACCCCUGCCACUCACGCACAGAGGAGUAAUUCUACAGCAUCGGCCGGUCCUGCGUUCUCGCCAGCAACCCCCCAGGCACCUCAAGGAGGGUUUCCGCCGCAGUCAUCCCCAGCUCAGUGGCAGACUGCCACUCAAACACCUGUACCCAUCCCCCAACCGCCGAAUUACGCCAAACCUCAACCACCGCCAGUGGCACCCCCGAAAGUGACAGAUGCCUACAAGCAUCAAGCCCAACAAGCGGGCAUAAUAGCUGCCCAGGAAAUGCUUGGACCUUGGAUCAACGCACCAACUGUACAGUUCAUUCUUCCUCAGGCGUAUCAGAUGGCCCGUAAGGAGUGGGAAGUUGUUCGAAGAGUUCUGGAGUGCGACCCCAAAGCGCGUGACGAUCUCCAGCAUCUUGGUAUUCUGCUAGAGAGGGAAACAAGCGAGAAGAAUGGAGGAGCAGUUGCACCAUGA